AUUUCUCUUUAAAUUUCGUUUAUCAUCUCCUAUUUAUUCAAGUUGUUGACAUUUUGAGAAGAUAUGUCAAUUCCAAAAGAAUUAAAAAAUCAUCAGAAGUAAUUGUGAAUACCGCGAAAUACCAAAAAUGGUAUAUAGAUAUAUCCAUUAAUAAUAGUAAUUAAUUUUCGGAAAAUAUUAAAUUUUAAAUAAUUGUAAAAGCGUUGUGAAACUUAAAUAUAAGCGAACUAUAAAAUGCAGAAAAGUAAGCAAUCAACCAAUGAGUUCACCUCGUGGCUACAAAAAAAACUGAUCGAGCUCAAUACGGAUCCUGAUGUCUUUGGUGCCUACAUAGCAGGAAUUCUUGACGGGGAAGAGUCGCUUGAAGAGAAGCGUGAAGCGCUCAAUGAUAUACUCAGUGAAAUCAUUGUAUGUCGGAAAAGAACAACUUGAAACAAACGAUAUUGAUUCCUUGAUAAGUCUUAUUCUUGAAAAAUUUGAAUCAGCUCAUCCCAAAGAAGAAAAGAAGAGUGAUGUUCAUAUUGAUGUAAGUGAGCAAUUGGCCAAAUUAUUAGAAGUACAGAAGCUUCCAACAACCACAAAGGCGCGAGAGUACACUGAAGAAGAGCUACAAAUACGACAACAAAUUUUAGCUCAAUAUUCGCAGACUGAAGUUGAAGACGUAGAUGCUUAUUGUUCUGAUGAGGAGACCGAAGGUUCAAAUGCCGUUUCCAUAGCAGCCAAUUCAUUAACUGGAAUCGAACGUAAUACUAAUGUUCAGGAUGUAAUGGCAUUGCAAAAGGAGAAGAGGGAGCAAGCGCGUAUGGAUAGUGCUGCAAAAAAACAGAAAGACAAAGAAGACCGGGAACGUCAGAAGCAACAGCGAGAGGAAAAGAAAGAAAAACGUAAAACUGUAAAGGGCGAACGACGACGGUAGUUGAAAUGUUAUAAAAAUAUAAAUUCAUGGCAGAAUACCUUUGAUCUAUCACCCGUGAACCAAAAAAAUAAACUAUUGUUUUGAAAUUAUUGCAAACUAUAUACAUAGUAUAAAACGAAAGUCUUUUGAACUUGCAUAUUUAGAAAACUAGUACUCGGUUAGUAGGGGUAACCACGUCUUAUGUUUUUCAUAAAUAUUGUAUUUUUACUAUAAUAUUUUAACCAAGUAAAUGGUAUGAAUAUAAUCUUAAAUGCGUUUUUGAGGAGCGCUAUUUUUGUUAAAAAUG